AGCUGGAGCCGGCAGCCGCGCGUGCGCCGCCCUGGCUUAAGCUAGAAAGAAGGAGAAGACGAUAGCGCGGGUGCUGUAGCGUCCGUUUCCCAGCUUGUGUGACAAGAAAUACUGUUCAAGGAAGCUGCACCACCACCCUCCCGAAAAAUAGCCCUCAGAGCAGAGCCAUGGCCGGCCUCUGGGCGCGCUUACGAGGCCGCCGGAGCCCGCCGCCCGACGCGUCGUCCGUCACCGACGUCUUCGCCGACGCGGCGAUCGCGCGCGAGGACCUGGAGCCGGCCGCGCGGCCGCCGACGCCGCCGGCCCAGCCGAAAUUGAGAAGGGACUACGUCGCGUCGUCGCCCCAGGCCGCGCGCGAGCGCCAGCAGCGGCGCUCCGACGGCGAGUUCGCGGCCUGCCUCGACGCGGACGCGCUCGACGUCGCCGCGCUGCGGCGCCUCGCGUGGAACGGCAUCCCGAACAAACGGAGGAGGGCGCAGGUGUGGCGCUGCCUCCUGCGGUGCGAGGCAUCAAAACGCGCCGAGCGUCGGGAGCACGCGGCGGCGCGGCGCGCGGCGUUCCACGAGGCCGUCGCGGCGGCCUUAUUGGACGUGCCGGCGAGCGAGCGCGACCCGGGCGACGCGCAGAUGCUGCGCCAGAUUCUGGUGGACGCGCCGCGGACCUGCCCCGGGUCGCCGUUGUUCGCGCACGACCGCGUGCAGGCGCUGGUCGUGAACGUGCUCUACGUGUGGGCCGUGCGGCACAGUGCAUAAAAAUCAAAUUGUCGCGACGCCGCCAUCGACGCGACGCCAGCUCGAUGGCGUGCCCCGGGGGGUCUCUCACCGCUCGAGCACCCGACUCACUGGUUGAUUUACGCACAGGUGAAACACCCGGCGAGCGGCUACGUCCAGGGCAUGAACGACCUAUUAGCCGUCUUCCUCGUGGUCUUGGUGGAUGAGGUGUCGGAGGGCGAUCAUGUGGACGUGGCGACGCUGUCUGAUGACGUGUUGGACGACGUGGCCGCGGACGCGUACGGGCUGCUGAACGGCGUCCUCGAGAGUUUAGAUGACCACUACGUUCACCGGCAGCCGGGGCUCCAAAGGACGAUCGAGGAGGUCGACGGGCUCUUGAGAAGGGUCGACGCGGACCUGCACAAACACCUAGACGAGGUCGGCGUGCUGCUGCUCCAGGUGACGUUCCGGUGGAUCAACUGCCUCCUGGUGCGGGAGCUGCCGAUGCGCUGCGCGAUCCGGCUGUGGGACACGUGCCUCGCCGAGGAGCGCGGCUUCCGGACGUUCUUUCCCUACGUCUGCGCGGCGUUCCUCUGCCACUUCUCGGACGCGCUCAAGGCGAAGCCCACCGAGGACGUGCACCUCUUCCUCACGUCGCUGCCGACGUCGAACUGGGCCGACGACGAGGUCGAGACGCUCCUGUCCGAGGCCUACAUCCUCUCGACGCUCUUCCGGUCCGCGCCGGCGCACCUCCAGCACGAGCCCGACGGCAUCACGCCCUGCGGCGGGUUUCUCUAAGUUUCUGUAUUGC